AUGACGGUUGCGGAGUUGGUUCGACAGCCCGGUCGUGACCAUCUUCCCUAUCUCACUGAGUAUCCACAUGGACAUGGUCAAACAUGGUUCAACCGAUCCGGGAACGGGAUCAGCGCAUGGAUCAACCGUAUGAUGUACUCGGCCCUCGACAGCGGACAUCCGACUUUCACUCACUUCCCUGUCGAGAAGCAGCAUCUGUGGUUUCGUCAGUUUGCGCAAGAAUUCAACUGGAAUUCCGAUGAUACGCUCUCUAUCUAUCACCAUUUUGUCCAUAAAGUUAUGGACAACUAUGGGAAGCAGAUGUACGAGUGGAAGAAGAAGUGGGAAGUAAACAAGGUCCCAAAGUCGAUGAACGACACGGUCUGGAAGGAGUUGUGUGCGCAUUGGGAUAAAGAAGAGACGAAAGAAACUUCUUCCACCAACUCCAUCAACCGCAGGAGCGACCGUAAAGGAAAGGGCAUCUACAAGCAUAACUUGGGUGCUCAAUCUAUUGCCACUCAGGCGGAUCGCAUGGCGGAAGAAAAUGAAGGCCACCCAGUUGAUGAUCUCGCCCUUAUGAAAAGGGCGUAUACCAACAAGAAGACCGGCCAGAUUGAUGAUGGGCUUGUGAGGGACGUGGUCGACCUGGUCCAAACUCAGGUGUAUGACAAAGUGUCUCAGCUUCAAACCGAUGAUGACGAUUCGACGGCCUCGACCAACUUGUCUCGGGUUCGAAUCAACGAAAUCGUUGAAUCGUCGGUUCCAAAGAAAAAGGGACGUUUGGUCGGUUUGGGUCGUCGCUCCCGGUCGGCUGCUCCUUCUUCUGCACCACAUGCGUAUGUUGAUCCAGAAGUUCUUACGGCUCAGCUGAAGGACAAGGAUGAUCGGAUAUCUGCGUUGGAGACCCAGAUGGCAGCUCAACAGGCGGGCUAUGAGACCCAGAAGAGGCUGAACGAGCAGAUGAUGGAGAUGAUGAAGAGGAUGUACCCGAACGAGACGUUCCCGAAAAUUCAAGACCCGGAAAAAGUUCCUCGUAAUUUUCCGAGGAACUCCAUUCCCUCGGAAUUUUCCGAGGGAAGAAAGUUCCUCGGAAAAGUCCGAGGAACAUUUGUUCCUCGGUAUUUUCCGAUAAACAUUCCGAGGAUUAUUUCGUCGAAACUUCCGAGGAUUGGACCAUCGGAAUUCCCUCGGUAUUUUCCGAGGAAUCUUCCGACGAACUUCGUGUCCUCGGAGUUUCCUCGGAAUUUUGUUUCCUCGGAAUUCCGUCGGAAUUUUCCGACAGAAUUCCGAGGAAGUAUGAAAUUCCGAGGAGAUAUUUCCGAGGACUUGUUUCGUCGGUAUGUCCUCGGAAUAGCGUUAUUCCGACGACAUACCGACGAUUUUUUCCCUCAGUAUCCCGAUGUUUUCUUGUAGUGAUCAGACUAUCCACUAAUACUAAUUAACACUAUUUCUGGCUAUUGGGUGGCGCGUGCGUGAAAGGGAAGCGGUCGUAGACACGGGAAUUUCUAUUGUAGCAUUUGUCUGUCUUCCCCUAUUUCAAAUGCUGACGAUGUUAAAGAUACACAAUAUUGAUCAGUGUGUCAAUACCUCUUUUCUAUACUUCAGAAAGUUUUUGUAUUUAGCUAAACCUAACUCUCUUCUCUUGUACAUUACAAAUUAAGAAUGCAUAAUAUUUUAAGGAAUUUUGCCAAGAAAAAAAAGAACAAAAAAACUUAGUUAUUGCCUCUUUAGAAUCAUUUUAUGGAUUAUUAUCCACUUAGAAUUAAUAUUAAUGUUAAUCUCAUUUUAACCUUCUAAUAAUACAAUAUUUAUAUAUAAAUAAACUAAUUAGAAACAAAUUUUAUUAUUAAUUUUUAUUACUAAAAAAGCUCUUCGAUCAUUUUCUCUUCGUGCUUCUCCACCAGACCCACUCAUCAAACCUUUGAAUCAACAGUCUCAUCAGAUCACCAAUGCGAAACCCACGAGGUGAUGAUCAUUCGUCUCUGCAUCAGCCACCGUUUCCGCCUCUCAACGCGAAACAGAUCUAAAGAAAAGUGUCGUAAUCAUCAGUAUAGGUCUCGUCUCUUUCUUUGAUACCAAGUUGAUGCUUACUGCGAGAAACUGCUUUACAGUGAGAGUGAAAUCGAUUCGAUGCGUCUAAGUUUCCCACUUGAUUCGGUGGCCAGAUCCAUGGGUUUAGCUCCGAAGGUUACAUCGAUGGGAAAAAUGAACGUAAGUGCUAAUUUUGGUGGUGAUAAGCUUAAAACGGUUAUAUAUCAGAUUGAUGAAGUUCAAAACCUUAUGAUUUAUUUGAAGAUUAUUCAGUUUAAAGGUUUAAUCUUUAAACACCUUUAAUUUUUAAACAUGAACUUAAUUUCUCUCUGAUGGAUUUAACACAUUACUUGUCUUGGGUGUUGUUGUAGAUUGAUAAGCUUAAAGCUGGAGUACUAGUUGGACUGGUAUGGGUCACAAGAGGACAAUUAGUUUUUUUAUUCUUUAUCCUAUUAUAAGAUGAUGGGUCUGGUAUGUUUCAGAAACUAUUACUCACUAUAUAUUGCACAGGGUUGGUUCAGUGUGUUUGAUUCAGUAGAUGAAAGACGCUUUGGAAGAAUGUAUGCUCAAAAAAUGUAGAUAUAUGUUUGUUAUUUAGACCUUCUGAUCUUCUCGACUUAAACAUAGAAGGAAUGAAAGAUUAUUUAUUAUGCGUUAAUAUAUGAAAAUGUAUUUAGUAUAUUUUGUAUUCUAUGUCCAUUAGAUGAUUGUGUUUUCAGCGGACUGCAAAUUCUAAAUCACCGUAGAUGGUAGAUCACGUUUACUAACACUUUUAGACCAUUUAUAACUUAUUAUUCCAAACAUCUUUUGAAUCCAAAAAUAAUUUUUAUAUGCACAUUCUUGUCUGCAUCAAGUUUUAUAUUUUUCCUUAUUUUUUUGUAUUAUAAAAAUAUAAAUAUGAUUUUUUAUAUACAAGAAGGAUUGUGGAGGUCCAAAAGUGACAAAAUUUGAUUUUGCUCUAUGGGGAAAAUAGUAUAGUUUUGUUGUCACUUUUAGCAAUUUUCCCAUAUUUUAAUGUGUCAAUAUACUUUUCUACACUUAUAGAAGCUUUUGUAUUUAGUUAAACCUAGUUCUCAUCUCUUGUAUAUUAUAAAAUACUUAUAAUAUUGAUACUGAAUAAUACGAAAUAUCUAUGUUUUACCUAGUAUCAGAGCCUCCACUGACAUUUUAAACUUGUUUUCUUUUUCGGCUCCAUUUCUUUCUUCUCUCAUAUCUCUUAUUUUAUCCAUAAAUCUGUCUCUGAACCGUAAACACAUGUCUGCAACAUCAGCUGAGUUGGUUGCACCACUCUGCCAACUUUCUUUAAUGUCAAUAGGAGAGACAUCACAAAAAUCUCCUCUAGAAAUUACAUGAUGUGGAGUUUACAAGUAUGAAUCUUACUGGACGGCUAUGAUUUCUCCAGCUUCGCUGAUUCAACUAUCUCACCACCAACCCCCACGGUGGUUAUCAAUGAAACAUUAUCUGUAAAUCCGGCAUACACCAAGUGGAAGUGACAAUAUCAAUUGAUUUGCAUCGCCAUUAUUCGUGAAAUAACUGAAACAGUUCAGCCUCUAGCCUCCCUCCACCUCCAAGACUUCAGCCGAGAUCAUGAAUAUCCUCGCAACUACCUACAACAAGCUGAGCAGUGGUCAUAUGCCACAACUCAUACUUCAUCUCAGGCAAUGGACUAAAGGGUCGAAAACGAUGGAUGAGUAUAUGCAAGGAUUCAUCACCAGGUUUGAUCAGAUCGCCUUAUUAGGCAAACCUAUUGAUCGUGAAGAUCAACUUGAAUAUAUCUUUGGAGGACUUCAUGGGGAUUAUAAGACGAUUUUAGAUCAAGUUCAAGGCAGAGAUAUGAUGCCUUCUUUUACAGAAGUACAUGAGAAGUUGUUGAACAGAGAAGCAAAACCCUCACUCUUAGCUCCACAAGUCCGGUGCUUCCAAUCACUGCAAAUGCAGCUUCUCAUCAACCUCAAGGACGUCAACAAUACAAUCAGCGUCAAUCCUAAACCUGGAAAAAAAAUCAACAGAAUUCAAGGUUCCCAAACAACAAAGACAACAAACAAUCAAGAGGAUAUCAAGGUGGCUAUCAAGGUUGAUAUCAGGCCGGUUGCAAUUGGGUUGGGUUCAGGGAGAUAGUGCAAAGAGGUAUCCUUAGCUUUGAGGCUCCAACAGCACAUACUUUGCUACUCAUCACUACCUUUGUGGAAACCGCGUGCGAACAUGGUUGUUGCCUCACCACAAACAGAAGCAUCUUGGCUCAUGGACAGUGGUGCCACUCACCACAUGACAAGUGUUCUCAGAAAUCUUGCGCUUCAUCAGCCAUACCACGGUGACGACUCUCUCUUUAAAGGGGAUGAGCCUGGUUUGUCUAUUAUCUAUACUGGCUCACUGUCUUUUCCCUCAUCCAAUCGAAACAUUUCUCUGCAUAAUGUUCUGUGUGUUCCACAUAUACAUAAGAACCUUAUAUAUGUUUAUCGCCUUUGUAACACUAAUAAAGUGUAUGUUGAAUUUUUUUCCUGCACAUUUUCAGGUGAAAGAUCUUUACUCAGGAAUCUUAUUACUGAUCUUUUGCAUCGUACAAGAACGACAUGCAAAACUAGUAAGUACACUGAUAGCUUUUACACCUAAACUUUCUCUCACAACAGUUCAGCCAUUGUCUGAGGCAAAACCAUAUCGCCAGCUUGUGGGAAGUCUACAAUACCUUGCAUUCACCAGAUCUGAUGUUUCCUACAAAGUAAACCGUCUAUCUCAGUAUAAGCAUCAGACCACAGAGAAACCAGUAAGUACACGAAAAUACAUUACUGAUCUUUUGCAUCAUACCAGAAUGACACACACAAAACCAGUAAGUACACCAAUGGCUUCUACACCUAAACUGACUCUCACAACAGUCCAACCAUUGAUAUCGCCAAAUUGUGGGAUGUCUACAAUACCUUGCAUUCACCAAAUCUGAUGUUACAUACACAGUAAAUCGUCUAUCUCAUUAUAUACAUCAGCCACAGAGGCUCAUUGGCAGGCUGCAAAACAUGUCUUACUUUAUCUUGUUGGCACCACUGAUCACGACAUUUUCUUCUUUGCUACAAAUCCUCUUACACUACAUGCCUACUCAGGCGCAUAUUGGACAGGAAAUUUCGAUGAAUAUGUUUCCACCAAUGCAUAUAUCAUUUACUUAGAAUAACACCAUUCUCAUGGUCUGCUAAAAAGCAAACUGGUGUUGCGCAUUCUUUAACCAAAGCUGAAUAUAGGUCAAUCGACAAUGCCUCACCAGAGUUACGCUGGAUAUGCAACAUUCUCACUGAAGUUGGAAUCACACUACAAGCACCUUUAGUCGUGUAUUGUGACCAUCUUGGAGUAACAUUUCUAUGUGCCAAUCAUGUGUUUCACACAUUCAUGAAACAUGUAGCGUUAGACUACCAUUUCAUCAGAGGCCAAAUCCAAAAUAGUAUGCUACGUGUAGCUCACAUAAUUACUAAGGACCAUCUUGGUAAUGCUCUCACAAAGCCAUUGAACCAAGCACCAUUUCAUGAUUUGCGUAACAUGACUGGAGUUUUCCCAACACUUCAAUAUUUUGAGGGGGCAUGUUAAGGAUACACAAUAUUUUAAUAUUCACUGUGUCAAUAUCCCUCUUCUACAAUUAUGGAAGCUUCUGUUUUUAGCUAAAUCUAAAGAGAUGUACAUUAUAAAUACACUUGUAAAGUCCAUACUGAAUAAUAAGAAAGAUAUUUUUUUUACAAAAUGAUUGUAGUCAAUAUAUAGUUAAAUCAUCGGCGCAUUCUCAUUAUCAAAUAAAUUAAUAAUAUAUAUAAUAUGAAGCUUUAAAAAUCAUAUAUAACAUGGGAUAAUUUUAAAAUACCUUAUUGUUAUUGAUGAAUUACAAUUUGAAUAAUACAUCUGUGUUUUUUUUUUUUGAAAAAUUCAAUUUUCUUAUAUGUGAAAAACAUUUUUAUCAAUAUUUUAAUUAGAAAUUAUAACUUAGAUAAUUUGUUUGGAAAAUUGGAAUUAUUGAUCUUAUUAGUUAUAUUUAUGAUAAUUACAUGUUAAUAUUUUUAAAUAAUAAAUUAAUUAAAUUUGGGAAAUAUUUCAAAGUCUUAUUUCUAAUUUUUAGCUAUCUAAACAAAAGUUGUAUACGUACAAUCUUGUAGCUAGUAUUAUCUAUCGGAAUACUCACAAUACUUUGUCAAAAAAAAAAUUUAUAAUACAUUUUCCUUAUAAGUUUUAAUAUUCGAAUAUUAUGUAGAUAAUUUUAGACUCUCUUGCUAAUAGUGUUCCAGAUGUUGUUGUUUUUUAUUAAAUUUGUUCUAUCUUAAGCCUUUAGUAAAAAAAAAAAGAUAUUCUAUCUUCAUGCUCUUAUUUUUCUAAUCCUUAUUUGCUAUAUUUUUUAACGUGGAUAUUAAAAAUAAACAUGAUAGAAUUUCAUGUUAUACAAAAUUGAUGGCAAGAUAAAAGAUGUCAUGUCGACAAGAUUAAAAACUAAAAAUAUAUAAAAUCAAAUUACACCGAUGAAUAUACAGGGAAGUUGCAAAAAAAGACUCAAAA